GACUUGACAGUGACACUUACAAAAAUAAACAAGAAUUUACCGAUCAGUGACCAGUGAAUUCGGUAGAAGUAAAUAAUUAAAUUCUUCAUUAUUUAAGAAAAUACAAAUCAAAUAUGAGUAAAAGAAGUGCGCCUAUCGCGUCUGUGAACAUGCACUCAAAGAAAUCAAAUCAUUGGUCUUUAGGGCUAGUGGAAUCAAUGAAGGAUCCCGAAUGUAUUGUGAAAAAAACUAAACAAGCUGUUGUUAUUAAAGAUAAAUAUCCUAAAGCUAAGAUUCACUACUUAGUACUACCUGAUGAAGAUAUAAACAGUAUCUUUAAGUUAGAUAAGUCCCACAUAGGACUUUUGGAAGAAUUUGGAGAUGUUUACAACGAAAUACAAAAUGAAGUAGAAUUACCAGUGAAGGCGGGUUUUCACGCUGUCCCGAGCAUGCAGAGGCUUCAUAUGCAUAUAAUUAGUACGGACAUGGUGUCACCUAGUUUAAAAACAAAAAUUCAUUGGAAUAGUUUCACUACAGAAUAUUUUAAACCUUAUGCAGAGGUCCUCGAAGAAUUAAAAAAGAAUGGCUGCAUCAAUAAAAUGUCACCAGAGUUGCACAAAAGUCUCAUGGCUACUGAACUGAAAUGUAACCAAUGCUCAUACAAGCCUAAAAACAUGCCACAACUAAAAGAACAUUUACUUUCACAUAUUAUGAAGUAGGAAUUCAUUAAAUCUCAUUGCUCAUCACAUGUCUUAAAAUAAUAUAAUAAAACUACUGUUAAUUAUGAA